AUGCACCAUGGCAGCAGCUCUCAGAACGUCCAGCAUCAGCUGCAGAGGCCCAGGUCCUUCGCCGGCAGCGAAGGAGAGGAACAGCAGGCCCACCCAGCCCUGCCCCAGUCCCCCGCCACACCCUUCGCUCCCUCGGCGAGCCCAUCCGCACCCCAGUCCCCCGGUUACCAGAUACAGCAGCUGAUGAGCCGGAGUCCUGUGGCUGGGCAGAAUGUGAACAUCACCCUGCAGAACGUUGGCUCUGUCGUGGGAGGAAACCAGCAGAUCACGCUGGCCCCUCUGCCACUCCCCAGCCCCACCUCUCCAGGUUUCCAGUUCAGUGCUCAGCCGAGGCGGUUUGAGCAUGGGUCUCCAUCGUACAUCCAGGUUACUUCGCCCCUGUCCCAACAAGUCCAGACUCAAAGCCCCACGCAGCCCAGCCCUGGGCCAGGGCAGGCCCUGCAGAGUGUGCGUGCUGGCACCCCCGGGCCCGGGCUGGGCAUCUGUAGUGGCAGCCCCACCGGAGGGUUCGUGGAUGCCAGUGUGCUCGUCAGACAGAUCAGCUUGUUUCAGGAGAGCUCAGGACUCACCCAGAUUGCUCAGGGAGCCCAGGUUCAGCUCCAGCAUGCGGGGACUCCCAUCACAGUCCGAGAACGCAGACUAUCACAACCUCACACGCAACCUGGAGGCACCAUCCACCAUCUGGGACCCCAGAGCCCUGCAGCCACAGGCGGGGCCAGCCUGCAGCCUCUGGCCAGCCCGAGCCACAUCGCCACAGCGAGUUUGCCCCCCCAGAUCAGCAGCAUCAUCCAGGGCCAGCUGAUCCAGCAGCAGCAGGUGCUGCAGGGGCCGCCACUGACAAGGCCCCUGGGGUUCGAGAGGACUUCGGGUGUGUUACUCCCUGGGGUUGGGGGUUCUUCGGCGUUUGGGAUGACGUCCCCACCCCCACCCACCAGCCCUUCCAGGACGCCCAUGCCCCUAGGCCUUUCCAGCCUUCCCCUCCCAUCUUCGGGGUGUGCAGGAGUGAAGAAGGCUCCCAGGAAGUUGGAGACGAUCCCCCCAGCUUCCCAGGAGACGGCGCAGAUGAGAAAGCAGUGCUUGGACUAUCACUACAAGGAGAUGGAGGCACUGAGGGAGGUCUUCAAGGAGUACCUGAUCGAGCUGUUCUUCUUGCAGCACCUUCAGGGGAAUAUGAUGGACUUCUUAGCUUUCAAGAAGAAACAUUAUGCCCCAUUGCAAGCAUAUCUUAGGCAGAAUGAUUUGGAUCUUGAGGAAGAAGAGGAGGAGGAGGAGGAAGAGGAGGAAGAAAAAUCUGAGGUUAUCAAUGAUGAGCAGCAAGCCCUUGCAGGAAGCCUGGUGGCAGGGGCAGGAAGUACGAUUGAGGCAGACCCAUUUAAGAGGCAGCAGGCAGUACCAACUACAGAGCAGUCUAAGAGACCUCGACUUGAAGUGGGUCAUCAAGGGGUAGUUUUCCAGCCUCCAGGGGUGAAUACAGGAGUUCCUCUUCAGCAGUUAAUGCCGACGGCACAAGGAGGAAUGCCCCCCACCCCUCAGGCUGCGCAGCUCCCUGGACAGAAGCAGACUCAGCAGCAGUACGACCCCUCCAUGGGGCCCCCCGUGCAGAAUGCCGCCAGCCUGCACACCCCACCGCCGCAGCUGCCUGGGAGGCUGCCCCCGGCCAGUGUCCCUGCUGCAGCCCUCCCCUCCACGCUGCAGUUUGCUCAGCAGCCGCAGGUGGUAGAAGCUCAGACACAGCUCCAGAUCCCAGGGAAGACUCAGCAGCCAAACAUCCCCACCCCUGCCCCCCAACCGAGCCAGCUCCCCGUUCCUCCUCCACAGCCUGCACAGUCAGCCCUCCACACCCCGAUGCCCGGAAAGGCACAGGUGCAGGCCUCUCAGCUUUCCUCCCAGCCGCAGGCGGUGUCAUCUGCAAGGCCAUCCGUGGACACUUCCCAAUCCUGUCCGCGGUCUCUGCCCACUUCCUCUUCUACCUCGUCCCUUGCACCUGUGAGUGGCUCAGGCCCGGGACCCUUGCCUGCACGGUCCUCACCAGUAAGCAGACCCUCCUCAGCAGCCCACAAGGCACUGUCUCCGGUCACUUCCCGGUCUCCAGGGGUGGUGGUAUCGGCUCCCCUCAAGCCACAGAGCCCCGCUCAGAAUGCCGCUGCAUCCCAAGACAGUUCUCAGGAUAAGCUGGCGGAACAGAUAACACUGGAAAACCAGAUCCAUCAGCGAAUAGCAGAUUUAAGGAAAGAAGGUCUGUGGUCCCUAAGGCGGCUGCCGAAGCUGCAGGAGGCACCGCGCCCCAAAUCUCACUGGGACUAUCUGCUGGAGGAGAUGCAGUGGAUGGCCACAGACUUCGCCCAGGAGAGGAGGUGGAAGUUGGCUGCUGCCAAGAAGCUCGUCAGAACUGUGGCACGCCACCAUGAAGAAAAGAAGCUCCGUGAAGAACGAGGAAGAAGGGAGGAACAGAACAGAUUGAGACGUAUAGCUGCCUCCACAGCCCGAGAAAUAGAGUAUUUUUGGUCAAAUAUUGAACAGGUUGUGGAAAUAAAACUACAAGUAGAAUUGGAAGAAAAAAGAAAAAAGGCCUUAAAUUUACAGAAGGUGUCCAGGAAAGGAAAAGAGUGGAGACCUAAGGGAUUUGAUGUGUUGCCAGAAAACCUUCUGGAUUUAGGAAUACCUGGAAGAAAGAGAAAAGCUAGCACAUCUUUAACUGAUGACGAAGUGGAAGAUGAAGAGGAGACCAUUGAAGAGGAAGAAGCUCAUGAGGGGGCUGUGGACCACCAGAUGGAGCUUUCUAACUUAGCCAAAGAAGCUGAACUGCCCUUAAUUGACUUGAUGAAGUUGUAUGAAGGUGCCUUUCUGCCAGGUUUCCAGUGGCCCCAACCUAACCCUGAUAGUGAAGAGACAAGUGAAGAAGAAGAUGCAGAAGACAGUCCAAGUGACAGGGAGAGUCGGAAGGACUUGGUUCUCAUAGACUCGCUAUUUAUUAUGGAUCAGUUUAAAGCUGCUGAGAGAAUGAAUAUUGGGAAACCGAACACUAAGGACAUCGCAGAGGUGACUGCCGUGGCUGAAGCCAUUCUACCCAAGGGCAGUGCUCGGGUCACGACCACGGUGAAGUUUAAUGCUCCGUCUCUAUUGUAUGGGGCUCUGAGAGAGUAUCAGAAGAUUGGCCUGGACUGGCUGGCCAAACUCUACCGGAAGAAUCUCAAUGGCAUAUUGGCAGAUGAAGCUGGGCUCGGUAAAACAGUGCAGAUCAUUGCCUUUUUUGCCCACCUGGCUUGUAAUGAAGGUAAUUGGGGCCCCCAUCUUGUUGUCGUGAGAAGUUGUAACAUACUCAAGUGGGAACUUGAAUUGAAACGUUGGUGUCCUGGGCUCAAAACCCUCUCGUAUGUUGGCAGCCACAGAGAACUCAAAGCAAAGAGACAGGAAUGGGCUGAGCCCAACAGCUGCCACAUCUGCGUCACGUCCUACAAGCAGUUCUUCCGGGGCUAUGCCUCCUUCUCUCGGGUGCGCUGGAAAUGCCUGGUCAUUGAUGAGAUGCAGCGUGUAAAGGGCCUGACCGAGCGGCACUGGGAGGCAGUUUUCACCCUGCAGAGCCAGCAGCGUCUGCUUCUGAUUGAUGCGCCACUGCACAACACCUUCCUGGAGCUCUGGACCAUGGUACAUUUUCUCAUUCCGGGGAUUUCCAGGCCCUACCUGAGCUUCCCGCUGAAAGCCCCCAGUGAUGAAAACCAGGACUACUAUCAUAAAGUGGUCAUAAGAUUGCAUAGGGUGACACAGCCAUUUAUUUUGAGGAGAACUAAACGAGAUGUGGAAAAGCAGCUGACAAAGAAAUAUGAGCAUGUUUUGAAGUGUCGCCUUUCUAAUCGACAGAAAGCUUUAUAUGAGGAUGUUAUUCUGCAACCUGGAACUCAGGAAGCUCUGAAGAGUGGGCACUUCAUCAACGUCCUGAGCAUCCUGAUGCGGCUGCAGCGUAUCUGCAACCACCCUGGGCUGGUAGAGCCGCGGAUCCCGGAUUCCUCUUAUGUGGCAGGGUCUCUUGUGUAUAGGUCUGCGUCUCUGAUUCUAAAAGCACUGGAGAGAGAUUUUUGGAAGGAAACCGAUCUUUCUAUAUUUGAUCUCAUUGGGUUAGAAAAUAAAAUCACUCGCCAUGAGGCAGAAUUGCUGUCUAAGAAGAAGGUAACGAGGAAACUCAUGGAGGAGCUGCUUACCUUGCCACCCCCACCAGCCCGGCCGGUGGCCGUGAAGCUGAAGGCCAGCAGGUUGUUCCAGCCUGUGCAAUAUGGCCAGAAGCCUGAGGGUCGCACCGUGGUCUUCCCCAGCACACACCCGUCCCGGACAGCGGCCUCCACCACAGCCACUGCUGCUCCACAGGGCCAGGUGCGAGGACGGCCACCAAUUGCCACAUUCUCUGCAAACCCAGAUGCAAAAGGUGGAGAGGUAGUAAAAAUUGCUCAGUUGGCGUCCAUUGCGGGACCACAGAGUCGAGUUGCUCAGCCCGAGGCACCUGUGACACUGCAGUUCCAGGGGAACAAGUUCACCUUGUCACACAGCCAGCUCCGGCAGCUCACGGCGGGCCAGCCCCUGCAGCUGCAAGGCAGCGUUCUCCAGAUCGUGUCUGCCCCUGGGCAGCCCUACCUGCGAACCCCCGGCCCCAUGGUGAUGCAGACUGUGUCUCAGGCGGGAGCUGUGCAUGGCGCCCUGGGAAGCAAGCCCCCAACUGGUGGCCCCAGCCCCGCACCCUUGACCCCACAAGUAGGUGUUCCUGGUCGGGUAGUGGUCAAUGCCAUGGCUACAGGAGAACCUGGAGUGGGCUGCAAACCGGCCUCUCCCACUUCAGGACCAACCCAGGAGGAAAAGACCAGACUUUUGAAAGAGCGGCUGGAUCAGAUUUAUUUCGUCAAUGAACGGCGCUGUUCCCAAGCUCCAGUCUAUGGCAGAGAUUUGUUAGGGAUUUGUUCCCUGCCCGGCAGAGAAAGGACCCCAUGCUUCAGGUCUUUUGGCAGCAGCCUCAGGCAGGGGACUGGCUCAGUGAGCUGUUACACUUCACCCUCAGAAAGCAAGAGUGAUCUGAUUCUGACUGUGAGUCAGCGUCAUGCAUCUCUCCAGGACAUUAUGGACAGGGUGGCCUGUGUGAUUCCUUCUGUGGUGGCAGCACCUCCGUUGCUGUGGGUGGCAAGGCCACCCUCCCUGUACAGUCAGAGGAUGAGGGUGUUCAGGCAGUGCCUGAGGGAGCACACUGCUCCCUACUGCCAGCAGCUGCGGCAGCUGACUGCUCUGCGUUCUCUACAGUUUCCGGAGCUCAGGCUGGUGCAGUUCGAUUCAGGAAAGUUAGAAGCUUUAGCUAUCUUACUGCAGAAGCUGAAAUCUGAAGGACGUCGGGUGCUGAUCUUAUCACAGAUGGUUCUUAUGUUAGACAUUUUAGAAAUGUUCUUGAACUUCCAUUAUCUCACCUAUGUAAGGAUUGAUGAAAAUGCCAACAGUGAACAGCGGCAGGAGCUGAUGAGGAGUUUCAACAGAGACAGGCGGAUUUUUUGUGCCAUUCUCUCUACUCACAGCCGUGCCACAGGUAUCAGUCUCGUGGAGGCAGACACUGUCGUGUUCUAUGACAAUGAUCUGAAUCCGGUGAUGGAUGCCAAGGCCCAGGAGUGGUGUGACCGAAUCGGGAGAUGCAAGGACAUCCAUGUGUACAGGUUGGUGAGUGGCAAUUCUAUCGAAGAGAAAUUGUUGAAAAAUGGAACUAAAGAUUUGAUCCGAGAAGUAGCUGCUCAGGGAAAUGACUACUCCAUGGCGUUCUUAACUCAGCGAACUAUCCAGGAGCUGUUUGAGGUUUAUUCUCCCAUGGAUGAUGCUGGUUUCCCAGUAAAAGCUGAGGAGUUCGUAGUUCUUUCUCAGGAACCUUCUGUCAUGGAAACCAUUGCACCCAAAAUUGCAAGACCUUUCAUAGAGGCUCUCAAGAGUAUCGAAUAUCUGGAGGACGAUGCGCAGAAAUCCACAGAAGAAGCGGUGCCCAGCUCAAACACUGGUGUUUUGUCAUCAGACUUAGACAAUUCAAGGUGUAAUGAAGAACCGUCACAGUUGGAAGAGCUAGCUGACUUUAUGGAACAGCUUACACCAAUUGAAAAAUAUGCUUUGAAUUACCUGGAAUUAUUCCAUACUUCCAUUGAACAAGAAAAAGAGAGAAAUAGUGAGGAUGUAGUGAUGACUUCCUUGAGAGAGUGGGAAUCCCGGAACAUGAAGGCCCUGCAGGAACAGGAGGCCUGGCUGCGGCUAGAACAGGAUGAGGCAGAGCUUCUCACCUACACGAGAGAGGACGCUUACAGCAUGGAAUAUGUCUUCGAAGAUGCUGAUGGUCAGACCGAAGUUAUGCCGCUCUGGACCCCGCCCACGCCCCCGCAGGAUGACAAUGACAUCUACAUAGACUCAGUUAUGUGUCUCCUGUAUGAGCCUAUGCCCAUCCCUGAGGCGAAGUUGCCUCCUGUGUAUGUAAGGAAGGAGCGCCGGCGGCACAAAACAGAUCCCUCAGUUGCAGGGAGGAAGAAGAAGCAGCGUCAUGGGGAGGCGGUCAUCCCACCUCGGUCCCUGUUUGACCGGGCGACACCGGGCCUGCUGAAGAUGCGCCGUGAGGGCAAGGAGCAGAAAAAGAAUCUCCUGCUGAAGCAGCAGGCACAGUUUGCCAAGCCUCUGCCGACGUUUGCCAAGCCAGCAGCGGAGUCUGGGCAAGACCACCCUGAGUGGCUCAUCAGCGAGGACUGGGCCUUGCUGCAGGCCGUAAAGCAGUUACUCGAGCUGCCUUUGAACCUCACCAUUGUGUCACCUGCUCACACGCCAAAUUGGGAUCUCGUCAGUGAUGUCGUUAACUCCUGCAGCCGAAUCUACCGCUCUUCCAAACAAUGCCGGAAUCGCUAUGAGAACGUCAUCAUUCCAAGAGAGGAAGGGAAGCUGAUUUAUGAAGCUAAUCCAAAGAAAAAGGCAAAAAGUAUUUAUAAGAGUAAAAACAACCGUCCUCUCCGUACGAGCCAGAUCUAUGCCCAGGAUGAGAAUGCCACACACACCCAGUUGUACACAAACCACUUUGACUUGAUGAAAAUGACUGCCGGCAAAAGAAGCCCCCCGAUCAAACCUCUGCUUGGCAUGAAUCCUUUUCAGAAAAACCCCAAGCAUGCCUCUGUGUUGGCAGAAAGUGGAAUCAACUAUGACAAGCCCCUGCCUCCCAUCCAGGUUGCAUCUCUUCGUGCAGAGAGAAUCGCAAAGGAGAAGAAGGCUUUGGCUGAUCAACAGAAGGCCCAGCAGCCCUCCGUGUCACAGCCGCCUCCGCAGCAGCAGCAGCCACCACCCCCACCACCCCCGCAACAGCCACCGCCACUGCCACAGCCACAGCCACAGGCCCCAGGCAGCCAGCCGCCAGCGGGGCCACCAGCUGUCCCGCCCCAGUCCCAGCCUGCGCCCCCGCCACAGCCACAGCCUGUGCAGGCCCCACCAAAGGGACAACCCGCAAUAACGACCGUGGGCAGUGCUGCAGUGCUGGCGGGGACCAUUAAAACACCAGUUACUGGGACAAGCAUACCAACUGGCACCGUGGGUGGAAAUGUGAUUGUGAACACCAUUGCGGGUGUCCCAGCCGCUACUUUCCAGUCCAUUAACAAGCGUCUUGCUUCGCCAGUGGCUCCUGCAGCCUUGACUACGUCUGGAGGCUCUACUCCUGCCCAGGUGGUUCACACCCAGCCACGAGCAGCCGGCUCCCCAGCCACUGCGACCACUGACCUGGUGUCCAUGCCAACGACUCAGGGUGUUCGAGCGGUCACUUCUGUGACAGCCUCCGCCGUGGUCACCACCAACCUGACCCCAGUGCAGACCCCGGCACGGUCUUUGGUGACCCAGGUGUCACAAGCCACAGGGGUUCAGCUUCCUGGAAAAACCAUCACACCUGCCCAUUUCCAGCUUCUCAGGCAGCAGCAGCAGCAGCAACAGCAGCAACAGCAGCAGCAGCAGCAGCAGCAGCAAACCUCUCAGGUACAAGUUCCACAGAUCCAGGGCCAGGCCCAGUCCCCUGCGCAGAUCAAAGCUGUGGGAAAGUUGACACCGGAACACCUCAUCAAAAUGCAGAAGCAGAAACUGCAGCUGCCCCCUCAGCCUCCACCGCCGCAGGCCCAGCCAGGGCCCCCACAGCAGACCGCACAAGUGCAGGUGCAGCCCCCGCAGCCCCCGCAGCAGCAGAGUCCCCAGCUCACCACGGUCACAGCCCCACGGCCCGGAGCCCUGCUCACGGGCACCACCGUGGCCAACCUCCAGGUGGCCCGGCUCACCCGGGUUCCCACUUCUCAGCUGCAGGCGCAAGGGCAGAUGCAAACCCAGACACCCCAGCCGGCUCAGGUGGCCUUGGCGAAGCCUCCAGUGGUUUCCGUCCCGGCGGCAGUGGUCUCUUCGCCGGGGGUCACAACCCUGCCCAUGAACGUCGCAGGGAUCAGUGUGGCCAUUGGGCAGCCACAGAAAACAGCAGGACAGACUGUCGUGGCCCAGCCUGUGCAUGUGCAGCAGCUGCUGAAGCUCAAGCAGCAAGCUGUCCAGCAGCAGAAAGCCAUCCAGCCCCAGGUUGCCCAGGGCCAGGCAGCCGUCCAGCAGAAGAUAACUGCACAGCAGAUUGCUGCUCAAGGCCCACAGCAGAAGGUCACUUAUGCUGCCCAGCCAGCCCUGAAGACCCAGUUCCUUACCACACCCAUCUCCCAGGCCCAGAAACUGGCUGGGACCCAGCAGGUGCAGACCCAGAUCCAGGUUGCAAAACUCCCUCAAGUUGUUCAGCAGCAAACACCUGUGGCCAGUAUCCAGCAGGUCGCCUCUGCUUCUCAACAGGCUUCUCCACAGACUGUGACGCUCACGCAGGCUACAGCGGCAGGGCCGCAGGUGCAGAUGAUUCCCGCAGUGACUGCUACAGCCCAGGUGGUCCAGCAGAAACUCAUACAGCAGCAGGUGGUGACUGCGGCGCCGGCCCCACUUCAGACCCCAGGCACUUCACACCCACCGCAGGCACCAGCCAGCUCUGACAGCCCCAGCCAGCAGCCCAAGCUACAGAUGAGGGUCCCUGCUGUCAGGCUAAAGACACCCACCAAGCCUCCAUGCCAGUAGUCAGGAAAGCAGAGGCUGUCUCAUGGCGAAGGCACAGACUACCUUCCUCACAGAAAACACUUCAUUUAAUUUUGAACCUUGGGACAAUGUCAUGUAAGAUAUUCAGCACUCGGAAAAGCUGUUAAUUGAAACAAUGUAGUGUAAUCAUUUUAUUAAAAUGCAUUCUACACUGCA